UUAUUAUUAUUAUUAUUAUUAUUAUUAUUGUCUAUAAAUACUUGUCAAUACUCAUUUCCCAAUCCCCAAACCAAAAAACGCUUUCGUUUCUUCACAAAAAAAAAAAAAAAAAUCCUCUCUCUCUGUUCUUUCUUCUUCUUCUUCUUCCGAUUUCAAUGGCCUACAGAGAACCCUACAACGCCACAGCCAUGUCACCACCUUCAACAUCCCCACGUUCGCCAUGGCAUUCCCCAGUUCCCUACCUCUUCGGAGGCUUAGCAGCCAUGUUGGGUCUCAUAGCUUUCGCUCUCCUCAUUCUCGCUUGCUCAUACUGGAAACUCUCCGGUUACCUCGACGGCGACGAUUCCAACAACAACGAUGACAACAGAGAUCUCGAGGCCGGCGACGGAGCCGAUGAGAAAUCUCGACCGGUGACGGCGCCACCUGUGUUUGAAGAAAAGAUAUUGGUUAUCAUGGCUGGUCAAGUUAAACCAACUUUCUUAGCUACCCCUGUUUCGAGUCGUUCUUCUUCGUUCGGAGAUUCCAGUAGUAAUAACGGUAGCUGUGUUUGUGGUCAGAAGGGUGAUGAUCGGAAAUCGGUGGAAAUGACGGCGGCGCCGGUGCCGGAGAAGAAUGUUCCGGUAACUGAAAGUGGUAGUAGUAGUAGUAGUGACUCUGUUCUUGAACAUCAGACCCAUUAAAGUAAUUUCCUUUUUUAGAAAAACAAAAUUAAAAAUUAAAAAAAAAAAAAGAUUUUGUAAUUUUGAGCUUUUUUUUUUGGGAGUUUGGUGAUGUGAUUUUCUCUCGGGAGCUGUAAAUUAUCAUUUUGAGAAAAUAUAAAAUUAUGAAUUAAUUGAGCAUAAUUUCCAAACAAGAAAAAACCAAAUUGUAUGUAUAGCUUUUUUUCUUUUUCUUUUUCAUAUAUGCUAUAUUAUUAUUUAUAUAUAUAUAUAUAAAAAAAAAGCAUAUAUGGCAUUUCUUAAA